AUGAUUUCUAGCCUAUAUUAUGAUGGCCGCUGUGCUGCGCUUAAUUCAUGUGGUAUCCUUUGUUUAGGAAUUUCAAGCAUGCAAAUGAGUGAAGGCAUGUUGAUCCAAAUCUUCUGGGUAGGCUUGGCUGUGGUAUUCGCCAUAACCCCUGCCAAUGCAAAACCGAAUAACAACAAUUCCUAUUCUUCUCAUCUCUUCCCUUUGCAUAGCCCUAGAGUGGAUGGAACGUUUUCUAAUGUUGUGAAAGGUCGUAUGCUACCAGAGAAUGAUGCUUUCGAUAAGAGGGACCAGGAGAGUCUACUCACUUUCAGAGAUGGCAUUACAGUAGACCCCUUGCAGUCUCUCUCCACCUGGGUUUCUACCAAUGCAGAAAACAUGUGCUCCUGGAACGGUGUUUUCUGUAGAAAGUGUACCAAUAGAGUUGUGGUCGUGAUUAUCCCUCACAUGGGGUUGGAAGGUACCAUUUCUCCUUCCAUAGGAGCCCUCUCCUUACUACACAUUUUGAAUCUCACUAAUAAUUCUUUCACGGGAAAGAUUCCACCUGAGCUUGGCCAACUGAAAGCCUUAAGUAUUGUAGACCUUAGUUAUAAUGGACUGGAAGGUUUCAUCCCCAAAUCUCUCUCGAGCUGCACACACCUUCGGCAGAUUAGACUUUCCAAAAACAAUUUGACUGAGAGCAUACCUGCAGAUUAUGGUAGUCUGAGUAAGCUAGAGCAACUCCGCUUGUCCUAUAACCGUCUGACUGGAAGCAUUCCAAUUUCUCUGAGCAACUGCACACGUCUUCAAGUGAUUUCACUAGGUGAAAACAAUUUGACUGGGACAAUACCACCAGAGUUUGGCCACCUGGGCAUGCUGGAGAGUCUAUUCUUGGAGAGCAAUGAUCUACGUGGAAGGAUUUCAAUUUCUCUGAGCAACUGCACCUCUCUCCUUGAAUUGAGCAUUGGCUACAACAAUCUCAUGGGUUCAAUUCCUCCUGUUUUGGGCUCGAUAAAAGGUCUAUCAUAUCUCUACUUUGAAGGCAACUUGCUCACUGGUAAUAUCCCUCUUUCUAUCAGUAAUUGCUCUGAGUUGUGGUUUAUUGCAUUUUCCCACAACUUGUUGACUGGAAGCAUUCCCUCUGAACUGGGUAGGCUGGACAAGUUACAGAGACUUUACUUGCAGUCUAACAAGUUCAUGUCACAAAUCCUAGCAUCCUUAGCUAAUUGUUCUUCCCUUGAAGUAUUGUUUCUGUCUGAUAACGUGCUGUCUGGCCCCAUACCACCUGAACUGGGAAAAUUGAAAGAGCUUUUUCAAUUAUCAUUGUAUAUCACCAUAAAUCUAACUGGCCAUAUUCCACAAGAAUUGGGCAAUUGCAGUAAUCUUGAAUGGAUUGAUAUUUCAAGAAACCAAAUCAAAGGAACACUGCCCAUGAGUAUCGCGAAGCUUCCUUUAACAACCCUUGCUUUAAAUGAAAAUCUUUUUGAAGGCAGAUUUCCAGAUGCCGUUUUGAAUAUGACCCAAUUGACUUCUUUACAACUUGGUAUAAAUGAGUUCAACGGAGCCGUUCCAGAGGAGAUAGGAAAUCUGAACAAGCUCAUCUAUUUGACUCUGGGUACAAACAGAUUAACAGUAACGCUGGGUAACUGUACAUCCCUAAAGAGGCUAAAGCUGUCCAAUAAUGCAUUCUAUGGGGAUCUAGAAAUUGAAUUUUCUUCUUCUAUGGAAGUUCUAUCUGCUCAUUCUAACAACUUUUCUGGAACCCUGCCUGCAUCGUUAGGCAAUUGCAAACAGCUUAAGCUUCUUGAUUUCAGCAACAACAGAUUGACAGGUGACUUUCCUUCAGGCUUGCUUGCUAAAAUUGUCUAG